UUCCGUAUUCUCACCAGCCAUCAAUGGAUGAACCACCUUCACCAUUGCUAAAGUCAAGGAUUCCCAGAAAGACAGUCAUUGUCGACUACAGCUUGCCCGACGGGGAAUUUGGCAUAUACGACCUUCAUUGUCCUCUUCGAAAGGGAAUCAUUUGUUACCGCCGGAACGGCACGAUAUUUGAGCACAACAUCCAUUCCUCUGCCAGAAAACACGAGCCACGAAUCAUUGUCCCUAAACAUCCGCCGCAGCGUCCAUUCAGCAUUUCGUUCGUCCCCAUCAGAGGCAAUCGGAUCCUAGUGUUUGCAAAGUACAUCGGCAGAGAGCAGCCUGGCAGAAUCCGCAACUACUAUCUACACCUAUCAAUCCACGGAAUCCGCUCCGAUCAUCGCAUUGGUUCUGCUCUGUGGUCUUUCCACGGUAGCAUUGAUGGUUACCUCGAUAAUAAUCUUGAUUUGAAGGUAAUAAAAUCCACCGAAAAUGAAUUGGGAAUCACUUUUUGGGCGCGAUUCGACAAUCAUUGGAAGCUCUUCGACAUCUCUACUGCUGAAGCUGACGCCUCGAAGAAUUUUCCUCUAAUUGAGUCAGGGAGAAUAGAUUUUGAUCUAAGGUUGAAGUACUUUCUCGUCACACUGUCCCCUGAGACACGCAUUCUCCUAAACGUGGAUGCGAACAACCAACCCAACGAAACGGUUGACAUUCACUAUUUAGAUCCAGGUGGUACGAACUUUUCAUUCGUCACCCGCAUGUCUAUUCCCAGUCUCAAAGCAAAAAACGGAUCGGGUCGAACAGUGUGA